CUACAUUGCCAAGUUGCAACGUAUACCAUCUGUGCGUAUUUACAUGAAUGAAAUUGUUUAACUGUCAUUGAGUAGACGUAGAAUUUUAGUAAGCACAUAAAGUUCUAAACAAAUAAUAUUCUAAUAAAGAUGGAUAUUGCCGCGUUGUCGGAUGACACAUUUAACGCUAUUGAUUGGAUAAAUGUAAACUACAAUAAAUAUGCAGCAGAGCAUGCAGACAGAUGUAGAGAUAAAAGUACUUUGCCGGAUGAUACCGACGCAUUGGCGAUGAGUUUUAUUGACAAAUACGUUUCCAAAUUACAUUUGUAUAUACAGCAAGUACACUGUGCUGUUGAAGAAACCGGUCAAAAGUUAGUGUCUGGUAUGCCGCGUGUUAUUAAGGAAUCUCUUUUACUACAAGCUGAAGUGGAGGAAUUAAAAAAACGUAUGCAAGCAAUGCGAAAGGAAAUGACUGAUGUGCAAGAGGAAACUGGCGAUUGCAUGGCUACAUUGGAACGUUUAAAUACCAUCCAAAGUAAAUUACAAAAAGCCAAGGAAUCACUGCAAGAAUCCGACGGUUGGGGAAAUUUAAUAAGUGAAUUAGAGGAUUGCUUUGAACAUAAUAACAUGAAGGGUGCAUUUGAGAAACUACUUAGCUUGCAAAAAUCCUUACAAGUACAAGAGCAAUUACCUGGACAUACUGAAAGACUCACGCAAGUGGAAGACUUUAAAAAUCGUUUAGAAGCUUUAGCUUCACCAAAUGUAGUUCAAUGUUUUGCUGAAGGAGACUUAGAGCAGACGAAGCAAUACGUAAAUAUUUUCGCGGGUAUCGGACGUAUCUCACAACUGGAACAAUACUAUCGAGCCGUUCAAAAAAAUUCCUUACAACAGAAAUGGAAGCAAAUAUUGGACGUGCAAGCGGCAGAAAAUACAAUGCUGCACCAGUUUCUUUCAAUCUUCUAUACGAGUUUAGUGGAGCAUUGUCAACAGCAAGUAAAAUGGUGUGCAGAUGUGUUCGAUUAUGAUCAUGGAAAUUUUCAACCAAUCAUCGUAGUAAUAGAACUAUUACCAACAUUACAACCAACACGUGAGAAUCAUGUAUUUCAAAUGCUUAAAGCGUGUAACGAGAGACUCGAACUUUUGGAGGAGUGUGCACAGGCCAAUCACAAGUUUCUGUCGCAUUUAACAGCAUUCCUAGAGCAAUCGAAAAUCGAAUUAUCUAAAGAAAUGCAAUAUCAAAUGGUGCAAGCCGUGUACGGAUACUUCCACAAAUUUAUAGAUCAAUACCCUCGUAUAGAGGAAACACAUUUUUCAGCACAAAUAGAUAAAAUAUUAAUAAGCCAUGCAUCUGCAGGAGAUUCUGUGCGUCAUUUGGAAAAUUGCAACCAAAAAAUUUUCGAUUGGCUUAAUGAAUCAUGUGAACGCUGUAAAAAUAUAACAGACGAUUUGGGAUUGUGUAAACUUAUUGAAAUUAUGAGUGGAAUUCUAAAGAAAAUUUUGGAUAAUUUUUCAAAAGCUCAACGUCAAAUCGCCUUAAGUAUUGGGCAUGCUACAGAAAAUUGGUUGGCAUUGCAAUGUGCGAUGUCACUUCUACAGUGUUUGGCAGAUUUUCAAAUUAAACUUAACAAAUUUGAAAAACAUAUACAAACUCGUCUGAUUAAAUUAAAGGAAAAUAUUGUUUCCGCCAAAACGGAUAAAAACUACAAUAUAAUUGACAUUCUGGAUAAUCAAGAACAAACAUAUUUAUUAAAUACCAUAGAAAGAUAUCAACAAAAAUUAGUAGAAGCUAGUGGAGCGUAUUCAUCAUCUUCAAGAUUUUUCGCUUCAAUAUGUGACCAAGUGAAAAUACAUUGUGAGGAAACGCAUGAAAUCGCUUUAAAUGUGUUGUUAAAGCCCGUGGAGGAGCAUCUCGUAAAUAUACAACCAUCACUAAACUUAAAUUCCGAUUCGUUAUUGCCAGCUAAUAUGCCGGAAUUUAGUUUCGUACCACAAGAAUGUAUCACUCAAAUUGGGCAAUAUUUACUAACACUGCCACAACAUUUGGAACCGCUGUUAUUUACACCAUCUCCGUUACUUAAACAAGCUCUUGAGAUUUGUAACGUUAAAUAUACCCAACCUGUUCCAUGUGCCGACAUAUUGUUGUCUUUGGUAGUGGAGCAAUGUUGUCAACUCUAUCAGUCUCAAAUAUUGCAAGUUAAAACACUGCCGCCCACUUCUUCUAAACAAUUUGCUGUGGAUAUUGAGUAUUUGUCAAAUGUCGUAGAAGAACUAGGUUUGUCUAUUAGUGUUGGUUUGUCGCAAAUUUUGACAUUACUUAAGGCUGAUCCGGAGAAUUAUCUGGCUUUAAGCGGUGGCUGUGAACCGCGUUUAGUAACGGCUAUACGACAAAUGCGCAAUAUUGUUUCAACACAAUAGCCAUUCUCUGUAGUAUUCAAAAAGUGAAUAAUGUUUAGAAUAUUAUAUGUAUUGUAAUUAUAAUAUAUUAUAUAUUUAUUGCUAAGCAGGCACAAUUCAGAAAGCCUUGAACUAAUUUAAAUAACUUUGAUUUAUU